UGAUAAAAUGUUCCAGUCAUAUUUCUGAAUCACUUCCUGCCCAAGUGUUCUCCCCUUUCACCCACUGCUGAGGAUCAUGAGCUAGUUUGGUGUAGCAAACAUGCUGCUUAUAAAAAGAUCAGCUCUGCCUCCACAUGCUGCAUUCCAGACCCUCUCAGCUGGUUGAAGGCAUUGGCUGCACGUCUGAAGUCUCUCAGUCAGUGUUCGGCGCUACUAUCCUGCUUGUUUAAACAAAUCCAAAAGAAUAGGAACUCCAAAAGGACCUGAAGUCUUUCCAAAGUAGGAUCUGUUUGUCUCCUGUUGGUUUGUAAAACGCCGGGGUAACUCUCGCUUUCGCCUUUUUAUCUUUCCUGAUCACGUCACACUCCAGCCUUGCUUUCGUCAUUCAGCAAACUCUUUCGGCAACUUCUGGGAACUGAUCCAUGUUUUGUCGCCACGCCCCAAACCCAUAGUCAGUUGGGAGUGAAAGACGUCAAGUGGAUCCUAGAAAGCCUCUUGCCUCUGGGCUUCCCGCUGAUUAGAGAGGACAAACAAACCCGCCAUGACACUUAGACAAGAGGUGCCCCAUGUUUUCUUGCUUCCUGUCUACUUGCUGAUGUGGCUGUAUACAACCCUCACCUUUAUCCCAUGGUAUUUCCUCUCUGAUGCAAAGAAUAAAAAGACCAUGGCAAAACGAAUCAAGGCAAAGGCCACAUCCGACAAGCCCGGCAGCCCAUUCCGCUCCGUGGACCACUUUGACUCGCUUGCCAGUGUGGACUUCCCUGGAUUGGAUACACUGGACAAGCUGUUUGACGCUGCUGUGAAGAAGUUUCCGGAACAUGAUUGUCUGGGUACACGGGAGAGGCUGAGUGAAGAAAACGAAGUCCAGGCCAACGGCAAAUUGUUUAAAAAGCUAAUUCUCGGGGAAUAUAGAUGGCUAAGUUAUGAAGAAGUCGGUCAACGUGUGAACUUCUUUGGCAAAGGUCUCUCUGCCCUGGGACUGAAGCCAAAGGAUAAGAUUGCCAUCUUCUGUGAAACCAGGGCUGAGUGGAUGAUUGCAGCACAAGCCUGCUUCAAGUUUAAUUUUCCACUUGUGACAAUUUAUGCCACCCUUGGAGAAGAUGCUGUCACUUAUGGACUGAAUGAAUCUGAAGUGACUCAUCUUGUCACCAGCAUGGAGCUCCUGGACACCAAGCUGAAGAGUGCGUUACCAAAAAUUCGCAGUCUAAAGCACAUCAUUUAUGUGGACAAGAAGACUAUCAAUACUUCCGGAUACCCUGAUGCUCUUCAGAUUCACAAUAUGGCUGCCGUGGAAGAGCUGGGAGCCAAGUCAGAGACUUCGGAGAAAGCUUCUUCCCGGCCUGCCCCAUCUGACUUGGCAGUGGUCAUGUACACGAGUGGUUCGACAGGCCGGCCAAAGGGAGUGAUGAUGAUUCACAGUAACUUAAUAGCGGGCAUGACGGGCCAAUGUCAGAGAAUACCCGAGCUGGGACCCAAAGAUACGUAUAUUGGAUAUCUGCCACUAGCUCAUGUGUUGGAGCUUACUGCAGAAAUCUCUUGUGUUGCUUAUGGCUGUCGAAUUGGUUAUUCAUCCCCACAGACACUGUCUGAUCAGUCAACUAAAAUCAAGAAGGGCAGUAAAGGGGAUUGUUCUGUCCUGAAGCCAACACUGAUGGCAGCGGUCCCGGAAAUCAUGGACCGAAUUUAUAAGAACCUCAUGAGCAAGGUGCAGGAAAUGAACUAUUUGCAGAGAACCUUGUUCAAACUAGGUUAUGAUUACAAGUUGGAGCAGAUCCAAAGGGGUUACGAUGCACCACUUUGCAACCUGGUUUUAUUUAAGAAAGUGAAAGCCCUGUUGGGAGGAAACGUGCGAAUGAUGCUGUCUGGAGGUGCUCCCCUGUCUUCACAAACCCAGAGGUUCAUGAACGUGUGCUUUUGCUGUCCCGUGGGCCAAGGUUAUGGCUUGACAGAAACAUGUGGGGCUGGCUCCAUCACCGAGGUGUCAGACUACAGCACAGGCAGAGUUGGAGCUCCACUUAUCUGCUGUGAAAUCAAACUGAGAGACUGGGAAGAAGGGGGGUAUACUACUCAUGACCAGCCAAACCCAAGAGGAGAGAUUCUGAUCGGUGGGCCAAAUGUGGCGGAGGGGUACUUCAAAGGAAAUUCCGCCAAUGAUGACUUUUUUGAGGACAGCAGUGGCCAGCGUUGGUUUUGCACUGGUGAUGUGGGUGAAUUCCACGCGGAUGGCUGCCUACAAAUCAUUGAUCGAAAGAAAGACUUGGUAAAGCUACAAGCUGGAGAAUAUGUAUCUUUGGGCAAAGUUGAAUCUGCCUUGAAGAGCUGUUCCCUCAUUGACAAUAUAUGUGCGUAUGCAAACAGCGAGCAAUCCUACGUGAUCAGUUUUGUGGUGCCCAACCAGAAGAAACUGACAGCUCUGGCGGAGCAGAAACGCGUUCAGGGAACCUGGGAGGAUAUUUGUAACGACAGCAAGAUGGAGGCGGAGGUGCUUCGGGAGAUCAAAGAGGCAUCGGUGUCCAGUAAACUGGAGAAGUUUGAAGUCCCCAUCAAGGUGCGUUUGAGCCCAGAGCCGUGGACGCCUGAAACAGGGCUGGUAACGGAUGCCUUCAAGCUAAAACGGAAGGAACUAAAGAACCACUACCUCAAUGAUAUUGAGAGGAUGUAUGGAGGGAAGUAGGCCCUCCAAACGCCUGGAUUAUACUUUUCUGGUGCCUGCCGAGUAGUGUACCUAUAAUUUAAAAGCCAGUGAAUGAAUGACUCACUUUAAACAUUAAUUGAACCAAAAGGACAAUGCUCUAGUUAAUUGUUACCCCCCAAUGUAUUCAGUCUGACCAAGCAAGGUUGUACCAGGUUGUACCUGCCUUCUGCUGGUUGGUGAUCAUUGUCCUUUUGCGUGUUGGCUUUUGAACCUUUUUAUUUAUUACAUUCUCGUGCUUGUCGUUAAAUAAGGACCACUGAUUAUACCAUGUGUGCUGGAGGUGGAGGCAAGUUUUGAGUUAAUUAUUGGUGUAAAUAUUUUUUUUGGGUGAAAACAAAACUUCAAUCGUUUCCUUUUAAACAUUCUCAAAGACGGACAACACUUUUUUUCGACUGCAUCUUGAUCUCCUGAAGUCCCCGAGUUAGAUGAAGUCACCAAAUUUAUUUUGAUGUGAUGUUUGCACUAUAAUUAUCUUGUGAAUGUAUAGAGCUUUGCUGAAGAAGGGUUUUACUUAGAACUACAAAAAAAAACUGCUAUACAUACCAGUCAAUAACCAGAGACAUUUUUUGUUUAAUAGGACCCAGAUAAACAUUUAUUCAAACAGUGAACAGCUUUAGUUGCCUUCAUGAUAUUUCUGCUGGUGUAGUUUACAACGCUGCAAUAACCCGAUACCCACUGACCUUCCUUCAUCUGGCAGAUUGUGCCCCAACUAACGUCCUGUGUUCUUGCACCACAAGACUCCGUCCGGUCCGCAGAAAACAUUGCUGGAUGUUUUUGCACAUAACUUUUUUGAAUACAUAGGUCGCCUAGCUACAAAAAGCGGUGUUGCCAUCUGAUGCCGUCUCUGGAUUCAUGCAUUACUUAACGCCUAACCUUUGUUCAGUUAUGUUACUUGAGCCACAUGAUUGUUUAUUUUAUAUAUGAUUUGCAACAACUCAUUACCAGUUUAAAAAAAAAAGCCCUAUUAAAAGAAAAUGAGCAGAUUAGCAGAACCUGGCUGGCUGGUAGUUUGACACUGGUAGACACUGAGAAAGCUGCAUGUGCGUGCCGUGCUUCCCCCCCCCCCCCCCCCCCCUUCAUACAGCCUGCUUCCCGAUCUUCAGUUCCCACUUGAAGAAGCCACUGACAUCCAUGGAGCAUUAUCUGAGAACAAGUCAUCCCUCAGGAAACACCCCUAUGUCAAGUGGUUAACGCAUUUCAUUGCUAAGCGAGCAUAUCCUUGCUAUCGAGAGUAGUGACAUGGACAAACAUUUGUGAAAGCAAAUGUCCUUUCUUGCAUCAGGCUUGCUGCUUUGCCCCACAAAUGCUCUGGCAGUUUCCUCACAAUACUGUGAAUUUUACAUCUGUUGUUCCCAUCCCCAGUUGCAACUCCCUAGUGUUGUGAGCUCGAUAAAAGUUGUGUGUUUUACAAAUGCCUCCUUGCUGCCUUUAACAUUUCUAAAAGAAUACUACCGGCAUCUGGUUUUGUGGUUGGCAUUCUUCAAUAUACAAUUUUCUGUUUCGGGUAAGGUUAAAGCCAAUUCACCAGCAGUAGGUUUUCACGGAGGCUGCUCCAGAGACGACUCAUGCCAAGAAUGAAAUAUUUGGCAUCUGUUUAAUGAGCCACAAUUCUGAACAGCAUUUAUAAGAUUUUAGCCACUAAUACUAAUUGAGCCCACUAUAAAGUCCGCCCAGUUGUCCAUUGUCCAUUGCUGUUUGGUUCAUUAGUGAAUGGAACUCUUCUUUGCCCUUCUCUACCUUCCAGAAUAUUUGAAGGAGUAGCUGAUGUAAAAUGUUUCAUGAAAUUUAAAUGUUGGAAAUUUAUAAUUGCACAUUGGAAUGAAAUAGGUCAGGGACUAGUAAAACAGCAGUAUGAUUCAAUGUUUUUUUUAUAUAUAUCCAGGUAUAAAAUAAAGUAUUUGAGGGUGUAUCUUUCUGAAAGCUGAUUCUUUAGAGCGGCAUUCUAAACAUCCAUAUAUACAAUCUAUUUCAAAAUGUUUGUGGUGAAUCAUUUGCUGUAAACUGCUGUACAUUUUGAAAAGUUCUUUAUUUAAUGUUUGUAAAUUGGAGGAUGAGGUAGACAAUUCAUUGUGAUGUUAUGAUGAAUGUUUUGAGGUUUCUGGUUUUAAACUGCUCUCUGCGUUGCAUUUCUGAGCUGGUUGUUAUGUUACACAAGUAUCUUUUGGGUUGAGAAGCAAAAAGUGAUCAGCUUCUGAACAUUACCUGGUGAUCCCUGCUGGAAAGUGAUGUACUGAGCAAGAGAGGCUUGAUCUCGGUCGGUCGGCUGUGAUGCUUUUCCCAGCGUGGGUUGCCCGCACUGUGACACCACACCUCGGCAUUCAGCACCGCCUCUGGAAAACAGUCGAGAGGCCAAGGGUGAUCGAGUUGAGCAAAGUGCUCAAAUUGGGCUGUUAUCAGAAGCCACCUGAUGGUGAUUAAAACCCCAUCCAUCGGGAAGUCACACUAACAUUACUGAGUUCCAGAAAAAUAAAAACGUACCUCUUCUCAGGUUGGUUGUAACUCUGUUUUCCAGUUUACAAUGACCAAAUAUUUAACUGGGCGCAAUGUCAUUGUUCCACUUUGUGUUUACAAAAACAGAUUGUUGCUACAGCCUCCGCUGACUGCUUUUCAAUAUUUGAUGCCGUCAAUUCUAUGUACUUCAACCAUUUUCACACUGUAUCAACUAAUUCAUCGCUGAAUUUUAGUGGGAUAAUUCAAAAGAAUUUCAUCCUUAGCUUUCUUUUGAUAGUGGGAUUUUUUUUUUUAAUCCUAUUGAAGUUAUUUACAAUAUAUCCCUUUGCUCUGAAUAUUAUAGAACUCACUUAGUCCUGUGCUUAUUGCCCCUUGGUUUCCCAAAUGCAAUGCAUGCAGACAUGAUUGGUGCACAGGCUUUGCUUGGAGAAUCCCGUGUAGGAAGCAACUGAUCGAAUUGCAAUAAGCAAACUAGGUUAGAACAUUCACACAAAAUGCUGGUGUACCUCAGCGGGGAUAGGCAGAGGUGUGACGGGUGGUGGUCUCCUUCUCCCCAGAGAUGCUGCCUGUCCCCCUGAGUUACUCCAGCAUUUUGUGUCUACCUUCGGUAUAAACCAGCAUCUGCAGUUCCUUCCUACACAGGUUAGAAUAUUUUUGGCCACAAUGUCCAAGUGUCCACUUGAGAAAAUAAGAAGCUGCAGAGUGCAAUCUGGUGUUUGCCAUGCGAUGCGUUGAACAGGAAGGGCAAUUGCAAUGGUGCAGCAGUUAGUUCUGCUGGCUUGCACCUCCUGGCAACUUGGGUUCAAACCUGAAUAUGGAUGCUGCCUGUCUGGGGUUUGCAUGUUCUCCCUGUGGCCCCUGCAUCCCAAUAAUAUACUGAGGGUCCACAGGGAAAAUGUCUCCUGCAGAUCACGCCAAGUGUAGAUAGGUAGUGGAAAAUUAGAGGGGAGCUGAUGGGCAUGCAAGAGAAAAUAAGUUGCAGGGAAGUAAAUUGGUGAGUGUUUCUGAUGGGAAUACUCUUGAGAGCAGCAUCAACUCAAUGGGAUGCAUGGCCACAUGUUAUUAGACGUAUGAAUCUGGGCUGCCAAAGAUUUGAUGUUUCAGAAGUCACUUUUAUUCCAUUUAUAGUAUACAUAAGGACAAAAUAUUGCAUCUGUGGAAAUGUUUAUAGCCAUUUGGGCAAUGUUGCUCGUCAACUGCAGUUAUUCUUGUGCAUGCACACAAACUGAACUCUAUAUUGGUAUCUUACCUGAAUGUCUUUGAUUGUUGGAUUUUUGUAAAAUAACAAAUAUAUAUCUAUUUAUUAUCAAGCAUUUUGACUGCUGACAGCCAUUUCCCUUUAGUUUAAGCCUGUGUUGUGGCAACCAGUUAUGUAAAAUGUUCCUGUGGAAUUAAAAGGUGAAACUUCUCCACCCCAUGGAUAUGUGUAAAUAAAACCAGUUUCUCAGCAC